CAUCAUUCUCAGAGUCUGUGUUCCACAGCGUUUGUUAUCAUGGCCAGGACCAAGCAGACAGCGCGCAAGUCGACCGGAGGGAAAGCUCCCCGCAAGCAGCUGGCGACCAAAGCUGCCCGCAAGAGCGCUCCAGCCACGGGCGGCGUGAAGAAGCCCCAUCGCUACAGGCCCGGCACUGUGGCUCUGCGGGAGAUCCGCCGCUACCAGAAAUCCACCGAGCUGCUGAUCCGCAAACUGCCCUUCCAGCGCCUGGUGCGGGAGAUCGCUCAGGACUUCAAGACCGACCUGCGCUUCCAGAGCUCGGCCGUCAUGGCCCUGCAGGAGGCCAGCGAGGCUUACCUGGUGGGGCUCUUUGAGGACACCAACCUGUGCGCCAUCCACGCCAAGCGGGUCACCAUCAUGCCCAAAGACAUCCAGCUGGCGCGCCGCAUCCGCGGGGAGCGCGCCUAG